AUGAUUUCAGUUGAAUAUGCGACAUCCAAGGACAAUCCAUGGUUCUAUUGCUGGAUUAUAGCAGCCAUUGUAUCCUCUUGUUAUGCAUACACAUGGGACAUCAAAUUUGAUUGGGGUUUAUUCGAUGCCAAAGCAGGAGAUAAUACAUUUUUACGAGAAGAAACUGUCUACUCAUCCACGUGGUUUUAUUAUUUCGGCAUAAUAGAGGAUUUGAUAUUGCGUUUCGGUUGGACAGUAUCGAUGAGUUUAAUAGAAGCCGGUUAUAUGGAAGGUGAUGUCAUGGUUACAUUGUUGAGUCCUUUAGAAGUAUUUCGUCGUUUCAUUUGGAAUUAUUUUCGUCUUGAAAAUGAGCAUAUUAAUAAUUGUGGCAAAUUUCGUGCUGUGCGUGAUAUUUCUGUUGCACCAAUGGAUUGUUCGGAUCAGAUUUAUCAAUAG